GGCAGGUGAUGAUCGUGAUGGCCCAUCAAGGCGUGCGCUGCAGCUCAACAUCCGGGAGAAGAUCAGAUCCGCCAGCAGUUGAGCACCAUCGCCAUCGGUCCAUCUCCUCUUCCUCCUUGAGGCAUGUCCGCCGCUCGGCAACCGUGCUCUCCUUCGUGCUUACCCUACACAUCGCCCUUGGUCAGAUCAAUGCAGUGCCGCCAUACGGUGCGGCAGGACAGCCGGGAGGGGGACAGCCUUACGCCACGCAAUGGACGGGGCAGCCGUACGCAGCCAACGCCGCUCAACAGCCACAGGGCCAAGCAUCGUACAGAAGCCACUCGAGGGAGGAGAUGAAGAAGGACAGCAGUGCGGGCAGUCGGCAUCACCACGUGGAGCACUACGACAGCCGUUUCGAGAUGAUGAGGCACUCGUGGGACGCGCCACUGUCAUUUGGUAGAGCACUCACGGUGUUCGCAGCUUCAUUGUGACUUGGGUGUGUGUGUGUGUGCUGUCAGAUAACACGCUGGGCGAGUGGGAUCUCUCCGGCGCGACCAUCCCGACCAAGAGCUCUGUGGUGCUCGUGCCCCGAGUGGCCAACAGGACUGGCCAGUUCUGGUGAGCAUCACGCGACGAGAACUGGAUGCUCAUUCAGAGAAUGAAUGCACGUUCUGGUCUGACUGUGGUGUGGCUUGUCAGGCACAAGCAGCCCGUGACGACGGCGAACUUUGAGGUCGAGUUUGAGUUUCUCGUCGAUGGGCCGCAGAGGACACAGUCCCAGGGAUUUGCCUUCUGGUGGGCAUAGACCGGAGGAUGGCCCGAGCUGCCGAGCAUCUCUGCCUGUAUUUUGGGUGUGUUUGUGUAGGUAUGUGUAUGAAGAGUAUGCGAAAAGCUACCCGAAGAAUGACGAGGAGGCCAAGUCGUGGACACUUCACGGAUACAAAGUGAAUGCCUGACUGCACACAGACAGAACAGUGGAAAGGGAGCGCCACACUCGCUCUCUGGCUGCUGUGGGUAUCUGCAGCAAAACUUCAAAGGUGUCGGGGUCUUUUUCAGCAACUUUGACAAGUCCAACCAGGUAACUUGAAAGAGGGAACCGCCGCUGGUCAUCCACAAGGCGGCUCACUCAUCCUGUCCCUGCCUGUGUGUGUUCGCAGCUGAAUCCGUCUGUCUCCGUUGCACACAAUCCUGUCGGUGAGGGCUACUACCUCCUCGGGAGAGACGUGCCGACACGAGGUCAGUCAGUCAGCCGAAAUGCAGAAGAGCAUGCCUGUGUGCACGUGCGUUGUGGUGACGGUGUGUCAGAUGUGCUGUUCCUUAAGUAUCGCAACACGCAGCAGACCAUUCGAUUCAAGCUGAAGGCCGGACCGAAGGGUGUACUCGGGCAGGUGCGUGUGGGCACCACCCAGCAGCAAGCCAGGAUAGUGCACGGUGUCCUUGCACUGGUCAGGUCCGCAUGGGUCCCAAUGCCGCGUGGAUCGAUGCAUUCAGGGUGUGUAAAUGCACUCACAGAGACUCAUGUGUCGAGUGCGGUCCAUGUUUUGUCUCGUGUUGCCUGCAGCUGUACAACGUCCGCGUGCAGCCUCAAGGCUAUAUCGGAUUCUCCUCUUUCACCGGUGGGCCACGGCAAUCUCAUCUUUCCACUGAGAGUGGUCCGUGCACGGGGUGUCUGUUGCGUGUCUGGACGUUUAGGCCCGGAAGUGCCUGACCACCAAGGCGAUCGAGUAACACUAUUCUCCUUCCACAUGUACAAUCUCGACAUGACACAGACGGGGGAGGACUCAAACGUCGUCCAUGACAGUGAGCUGGAUGGGAGUGCAGGAAUGACUUCACGUGAUACGCACUCAUGUAUCGGGCUGCUGUGUGAUCGGUCAAACAGCUUUGGGCGAUAUGAAUGUCAACCAUCUGCUCAAGGACAGCAAAUUCGAGAACGACGUAUGCAACCUGCAUAGGCACACGUGGGAUAUUGGCAUGGAUCUGCAUGUGACGUGUGUGUGCCGUGUGUGUGUGUGUGUGUGUAUUGCCAGAGUGACGAGACGGCGAUCAUCCGUGAGCUGACCAGGAUGCUGUACAAGCACACGUCUGAGGCAGCACCCAGGGAACAAACCAUCUUCAAAACACUCAAGUGCGUCAGAACGGCCAACCGCUACACAAGCGCACUGUGAGUAUGUCUUGUGUCCAUGGCACUCACUGCAGCCGUCUGACAGCUGAGGUCCACAUGCUGACGCAGGACGUGCGCGAGAUCGCCGCCGAGUUCAGAGUGUACAAGGAGCUCACCAGCGGCAACGACACCCUGCACAACAUGAAACAAGAGGUAUUGAAGCUGAGAGAGGCAGGGGACGUGACGUCAGAUGGGUGGUGGUCGGAUGUGUCGUCAGGUUCUGGGUCUCCGGAGCUUCUUUUCGAAGCACGUGCAGAGCGCGACGUCCAGCGUGCAGGGUCUGCAAAGGUCCGUCAUCACACACACCACACACACGCGUGAUUCGCUCCAUCACUGUGUGUGUGUGUUGGAUGAGUGCAGGACCAUAUCUCUGAUGCAGCGCGGCGGUAGUCAAUCCGAGCAGGGCCUGAAUGAGGUGCGUCAGCUGGCUUCGACACAUACGUCGCUUGAGGAGGCCAUCAACUCGCAAGCCAUGUUCAGCUCGUAUGCUGUUGUCGGCGCCGUCGCAAUGGUCACCUACACACACACACACACACACUGGAAGACAGAGCCAUACAGAAUUUUCGUUGAGAUGAUGUGUAUGUGCUUUGUGUGUGUGCACUUCAGGUGUGUAUUUUUGCUUUGAUGAUGUGGAAGAAGAUGCGAGAUAUGGAGAAGAAACACUCGCUGUGAUUGGAUGGAUGGAUGGAUGGAUGGCUAUGUGUCUUGAUGUUUGUGUCCCUCCCUCUCAUGUGCCCAUGUGCCCUACCUGCGUGGCGUCCCUGCAUGAGCCCACGCGUCCGUCCUCUUUUAUCCGUCGCCUUGAUCCGUGCCAGCUGGUUGACUGCAUACUGCAUACAUAUCGAACGAUAAGUGAUUCAUGGGUGGUGCGGUGUACAGAGGGCUGAGGGCUGACUGAUCAUGACAUGGCUGGCUGACGUGCCGACCAUCAGUGAUAACAUAUGCGAGACCUCCUUGAGCUUUUUCUGUCGCCAGUGGCCGGCAGGCAUCGAUCGUUUG